AUGAGUUUAAAGGGUGUUGAUUCCUUAGACGAAAUUCCGUGGAUUUUCCGUGUUGGGUUUAUAAUCUUAUUGGUGGGCUGCCUGUUCCAUGUAAUUGGACUUGGAAGCUCUCACUGGGCUCUGACUGCCACGGACGAGUAUGGAACCGUGGAAUUUGCUGGUCUUUGGGAGAAGUGUGCCGACCUGAAUUUGGGAGGAGAUGAAGCCGAUUUUCAAUGCCAAGGUUUCGUCUGGGAAGACGUCCAGGUUUCCCAUUGGUUCCGGACCAUACAGACUAUGCAGUCGAUGGCCUUUAUUGGAAUGCUUGCAGUUGCCAUACUUGCAGCCAUGUACAUGUUUGUCCCAGAUUUGAGAGGUUAUUCCACACUACGAUAUAUCUCCAUCUUCCUUUUAUUCCUGGCAGGUAUCUUUAUUGUGACAACAUGUAUUGUAUUUGGGUCACUGAAAGAUGUCCAAAAGGCAAGGACCAUGCCAAACUCCUAUGUCAAACUGUCAUGGAGCUUUGUUCUGGCUCUUCUGGCUGGAAUCGUGGAUUUUGUCGUCGCCAUUAUCUUCAUCAUUGGAGGAGAGCGAGAUGAUUAG